GGGGAAACAGAGCGUUGAUGUGGCUGUAAGUCAGCUGGUGUUUAAAAACCACACCCUAGAGCUGCAGUGAAGUUAGUCCCCGUACAGUGACUGAGCGGGCAGAUUGUUCCGAAGACAAAAAUGGAAAUUCAUGACAUCUUAUCCGAAGUGUGCCUGGGCAGUGAUGAGCUCUCUGAUGGGGCCACAGUGAAACCCCUUGCUAAUUUCAACGCAGAGAAAGCAGCUGCAGAGCUGGACCAUGCUCUUAAAGUCAAAGGUGUGGACGAGCACUCUAUCAUUGACAUACUGACGAGGUGUAGCAAUGCACAAAGACAGGACAUCGCCUUCCAUUAUGAAAGAAUCACUAAGAAUAAACUGGAGGAUAAACUGCAAAAAGCUCUCUCUGACCCUCUAAAAUCUGUCAUCCUGGGACUGAUGAAGACUCCAGACAAAUACGAUGCAUCUGAAAUGCGAGGUGCCAUCAAGGUGAGAAUUAGACUGGGAGGUUUCCUGGCUGGGGGAGUUUGUGGA